AUGUUCAAGCUCCUUUGCGUCGUGCUGCCCGUUGUGGCCAGAGUCGCCGUGGCCACUCCAGCUGCUCUCAAACCGAGAUGUGACGAUCCGACAGCACAUCCGUCACCACUUACCGAACCAGCGUCGAUUAUCCCGACUGAUGACUUGCCGUUUGAUCUUCCACCGAUCGAACUAGAACCCAUAGAUCCCACAGAGCUAGAGACAUUCGGUGUAGAGGCGCCUGGGAUAUCUGUUUCUCCAUCACUACCGAACGAGCCUAGUCCUGCACCAGCAGACUUUGAGUCUUCUGCUUGGUCUCCUUCUCCAGCAUCACCGCUGCGUCCUAACCCCAACUUUCCCGGGCUCGACAAUGCCACUAAUAAGGACGAUGGACACAGCUCUAGGAAGGGAUAUUCCGAUUCCUCAAGGAGAAAGAAUGUCGUCUACUUCACCGACUGGAGCAUCUAUAACGCAGGCUUUCUGCCUCAGUAUCUCCCCACAAAUGAGAUUACGCACUUGCUCUACGCGUUUGCCGGAAUCGCACCAGAUGGAUCUGUUAUCUCGUUUGAUCCCUGGGCCGACGAGCAGAAACUUCUAGGCAAGCGUGACACCGUCCACGGCGCAGUCGAGCAAGUCUUUUUGCUCAAGAGCAAGAAUCGCCACAUGAAGACCCUGCUAUCCGUCGGUGGCUGGACCGCGUCGCAAGAAGGACAGUUUGCGCCCGCCAUUGGUUCUGCUGAUGGUCGACGCCGCUUCGCCGAGACUGCGGUUAAGCUGCUCGCCGACUGGGGAUUUGAUGGUAUUGACAUUGACUAUGAAUACCCGGCGACGCCAGAGGACGCACGGAACUUUGUCUAUCUGCUUCGAGAGGUUCGAGCAGCCUUGGACAACUACGCAGCCCGCCACGGCCAGCGCUAUCGCUACCUCCUCACCGUGGCCACAUCUGCCGGGCCUGAGCACUACAAUGUUCUGGAGAUGGAGGCGAUGGAUCAGUAUAUCGAUACCUGGCAUCUGAUGGCAUAUGACUAUGCUGGUAGCUGGGACACUGUGUCUGGGCAACAGUCCAACGUCUAUUCUGACCAGCACAACCCCAACAGCACAAAGUUCAACACCAACCAAGCAGUGGAUGCCUAUCUUAGACGAGGCAUCGACCCUAACAAGAUUGUUCUCGGUCUUCCCCUCUAUGGCCGCUCGUUUGAGAACACUGACGGUCUCGGUAAGCCCUACGAUGGCAUCGGGCCGGGCACUAUUGAGCCGGGAGUUUAUCUCUACCGCGACCUUCCUCGACCUGGUGCGAUUGUCCACGUCAACCGAUAUACCCUCUCUGCGUACUCUUACGAUCCUUCGACACGGGAACUGGUUUCCUUUGAUAACGUCGAGACGGCGAGACUCAAGGCAGGGUAUCUCCAGAGCAGGGGCCUUGGCGGCGCCGUCUUUUGGGAAGCUUCGGGUGAUCGUGCUGGAGAAGAGAGUCUGAUUAGGACGCUGGGUAGAGAGAUGGGUCAUCUCGAUUAUUCCAGAAAUAUGCUGAGCUAUCCGGAGAGUCGGUAUGCCAAUAUUCAGAAUGUGUCGGGGUGA